AUGGCGCCUCGCUCUCGAGCCAACGCCGUGGAUACCGACGCGUCCAUGUCAGACGCGCCGGAGCACCGCCAGGAGGAGGAAAUGGAAGUCGAUGAGACUCCCGACUACACAGACACCGAGAACCCCAGCACCACUGCUAGUAGUGUCGCCGGGGAGCCCACUACAGAUGGUCGAAAGCGCCGCACGGAGGUUAACCAACUACGUCGAAGCAUUUUUGGAAGGAAGCACGAUCGUCUGGGCGAAUCCAAGGAAGAUGACACCAUUCGCCGAUUCCGAUACUUGCUUGGCCUCACCGAUCUAUUCCGUCACUUCAUCGAGACGAAUCCCGACCCAAAGAUCCGCGAUAUCAUGACCGAGAUUGAUCGACAGAAUGCCGAGUCUGCUCGAGGAAAGAAGGGUGCUGGAAGGCAAGGAGGCGCCACGAGCGAUAGACGCCGACGUACGGAAGCCGAAGAAGAUGCCGAACUUUUGAAGGACGAGAAGCAUGGUGGUUCUGCCGAGACUGUUUUCCGAGAGUCGCCCCCCUUCAUUCAGGGUACCAUGCGCGACUACCAGGUUGCUGGUCUCAAUUGGUUGAUCUCUCUCCACGAGAACGGUAUCUCUGGUAUCCUUGCCGACGAAAUGGGUCUUGGAAAGACACUCCAAACAAUUUCUUUCCUCGGCUACCUGCGACACAUCGUUGAUAUCACCGGGCCACACUUGGUCAUCGUACCCAAGUCUACUCUCGACAACUGGAAGCGAGAGUUUGCCAAAUGGACCCCAGAGGUAGAUGUUCUGGUGCUUCAGGGAGCAAAGGACGAGCGACACAACCUGAUCAACGAUCGCCUUGUGGAUGAGAAGUUUGAUGUUUGCAUCACCAGCUACGAGAUGGUGCUCCGAGAGAAGGCGCACCUGAAGAAGUUUGCUUGGGAGUACAUCAUCAUCGAUGAGGCGCAUCGAAUCAAGAACGAGGAAUCUUCACUGUCGCAAGUGAUCCGACUCUUCUCGUCCCGAAACCGACUCCUCAUCACAGGUACUCCACUGCAAAACAACCUCCACGAGCUGUGGGCACUUCUCAACUUCUUGCUGCCCGACGUUUUUGGCGACUCUGAGGCCUUCGAUCAGUGGUUCUCAGGCCAGGACCGGGAUCAAGACACUGUUGUUCAACAACUCCACAAGGUCCUUCGGCCUUUCUUGCUCCGUCGCGUGAAGAGCGAUGUUGAAAAGAGCUUGCUGCCAAAGAAGGAAGUCAACGUCUAUCUAGGCAUGUCGGAGAUGCAGGUCAAGUGGUAUCAGAAGAUCCUUGAGAAGGAUAUCGACGCGGUCAACGGAGCUGGUGGCAAGCGGGAGUCCAAGACCCGACUGCUCAACAUUGUGAUGCAGCUUCGAAAGUGCUGCAACCAUCCUUACCUGUUUGAGGGAGCCGAGCCUGGUCCCCCGUACACCACCGACGAACAUCUUGUGUACAACGCGGGCAAGAUGGCCGUCCUUGAUAAGCUCCUCAACAGACUCCAGAAGCAAGGUAGCCGAGUUCUCAUCUUCUCACAGAUGAGCCGACUGCUUGAUAUUCUUGAAGACUACUGUGUCUUCCGCGAGUAUAAGUAUUGCCGUAUCGACGGUGGCACAGCGCACGAAGAUCGUAUCGCAGCCAUCGACGAGUACAACAAGCCUGGCUCAGAGAAGUUCAUCUUCCUCCUCACAACCCGAGCUGGUGGUCUGGGCAUCAACCUGACAACCGCCGAUAUUGUCAUUCUCUAUGACAGUGAUUGGAACCCUCAGGCAGAUCUGCAGGCCAUGGACCGAGCGCACCGAAUCGGCCAGACCAAGCAGGUUGUUGUGUACAGGUUCGUCACGGACAAUGCUAUCGAGGAGAAGGUUUUGGAGAGAGCGGCACAGAAGCUCCGCCUGGACCAGCUUGUCAUUCAGCAAGGUCGCGCUCAGACUGCCGCCAAGGCCGCUGCGAACAAGGACGAACUUCUGUCGAUGAUUCAACACGGAGCUGAAAAGGUGUUCCAAUCUAAGGGACCUACUGGUAACAUGGCUUCCAAGGAGGGCGAAAUCGGUGACGCCGACAUCGAUGAGAUCUUGGCUCGAGGUGAAAACCGAACCAAGGAGCUGAAUGCCAAGUAUGAGAAGCUCGGCAUCGAUGAUCUACAAAAGUUCACCUCGGAGUCGGCUUACGAGUGGAAUGGAGAGAACUUUGCCAACACCAAGAAGAACAUCAACAUGACCUGGAUCAACCCGGCCAAGCGAGAACGUAAGGAACAGUCGUAUUCGAUGGACAAGUACUUCCGACAGACCAUGUACCCUAACCCGAAGGCGGAUGCGAAGCCCAAGGCGCCUCGAGCACCGAAGCAAGUUCCAGUACACGAUUACCAGUUCUACCCACCGCGUCUGCGGGAUCUUCAGGACAGAGAGACUGCAUACUACCGAAAGGAGAUUGGCUAUAAGGUGCCUUUGCCAGAUGGUGAUGAUGACAACCUGUCGGAGCGAGAGGCCGAGAGAGCUCUCGACCAGCAAGAGAUCGACAACGCCACCCCCCUGACCGAGGAAGAGCGCGAGGAAAAGGAGAAGCUAUCGUUGCAAGGAUUUGGAGAUUGGAACCGACGCGACUUUCAACAGUUUGUCAACGGAUCUGGCAAGUACGGCAGAACUGCCUACGAAGGCAUCUCCAAGGAGGUUGACAGCAAGUCUGCGGCCGAAAUCAAGGCCUAUGCCAAGGUCUUUUGGCAGCGGUACACCGAGAUUGCAGACUAUCCCAAGUACAUGAAGACUAUCGAGGAUGGCGAGGAACGAACCCGCCGUCUCGGACACCACCAGAAGCUCCUGAGGAAGAAGAUGCAACAGUACAGAGUCCCCCUACAGCAGCUCAAGAUCAACUACUCUGUGUCCACAACCAACAAAAAGGUCUACACGGAAGAGGAAGAUCGGUUCCUCCUGGUUCUACUCGAUCGAUAUGGAAUCGACUCGGAAGGCCUGUACGAGAAGAUGCGAGAUGACAUUCGCGAGUCGCCCUUGUUCAAAUUCGACUGGUUCUUCCUCAGCCGAACCCCUAUUGAGCUUUCCCGACGCUGCACUACCCUGAUUACGACUAUCGUCAAGGAAUUCGAAGAUGUUCCUGCCCGUGGUUCUAAUGGAGUGAACGGAAAGGCCAAGCGAGAGCCCGACGAUGAGAAUGACGAGGACAGCAUUCUUGGAAUGGCCCCUGCCAAGAAGAAGGCCAAGAACGGUGUCAAGAACAAGGCUCUCGACAACGUCAAGUCGGUCAAGUCAAGCAAGAACAGCUCGGCCACGCCAUCAAGAGCAUCCAGCGUGGCAUCCACCGCGUCUAAUGCAGGAGGCUCUACCAAGGGCAAGAAGGGCAGGAAGAAGUAA